AUGACGGCUGCGCUGGAGACUCCUAUUCUCCGGCCAGCUCCGAUAAGCAAAGCCCGGCAUUGCUCGGUGCCCUUGGGGGCAUUCUCGGGGGCUCCUCUAAGAGUGCCCCAGGGCUCGUCCUUUCCGAGCGUUUGCCUCGGCCUGCGCAGCGAGCGCAGGGAGCGCAGGCCCCAGACUUCGCCGGCUUCCCCACUCCUUUCGAGACUUUCGAGACUUUCGAUGCCUGCCGUGUUGGCCGGUUCGUUCAGCGCUCUGAAAAAGCGACGUGGAGCUGCUCGCAGAAGUUUCUUUGGGUGGACAGCAGGCAAGGAAGCUGAUGAAGAAGCGAAGCACUGGUGGCGCCAGCAUCCACGAGCUUCCGACAUUCUUAUUGGGUGGAUACAGCACCCGCAGCUUACCCAAGGAAACAAGAUUGACUUGGAGGUGGAGUUUACCACCAGUAGCAGAGGGCGGUGGCGGUCCAGAGGCCUGGGAUUCAAAGGUCCCUUCGAGGCCAAAGUUGCCAGAUCAGGAGAAGCUUCGUAUCUCAUCCUCGAAGACAGCGCCACGGUCCUCCGAGGCAGACUGGAGGCUUUGAGCAUCCAAGGCUCGGUGACCCAUGAGAACACCCCAGAUGGGAGUUUUGUCCUUCAAGCCCUUCCUGAGUGUUACCACGAGUGGUGGUCGCACGUGAAGGGCGAGCUCCCCUCGGAUGGCUCAAAUCCAGGCAUCCUCGUCUUCAGCGAAGAUGGCUCCAUCGAGAGUGGUGACUCUACUGAGGAUUCCGCAGAUAUGCCUGACAUCACCUCGCCCGCAGAUCUGCGCAAGUUCUUGCUGCGACGUUUGACGCAACAGGCUGGCUCACAGAGGAAUUCGUCCCAGAGCCAGUCCAAGGGGAGCAAGCGCAAGGAGAUACUGCAGAGAUUCUCUUUUCGCCCGGACGAAGUCAAGACAUACCUGGAUCGCUACGUUAUUUGCCAAACGGCUGCGAAAGAGAUGCUUUCGGUCGCAAUAUGCGAUCAUUACAAUCGCGCCAAGGAAGAGCUCGCAUUUGACGCCGAAGUUCCGGUGGAGCCUGCUAAGGAGAGGCUGGAACAAAAUCGGCCAGAAGAAGCGACAGCUGAAGCGACAACAGAAGCAACAGCGGAAGCGACAGCAGAAGUGACAGCGGAAGCGACAGCGGAAGCGACAGCCGCUGCGGCUGAGGCACCUUCGCAAGCUUCCCAGGCGGAAGGUGAGUCAAUUGCCGAGGAAUCGCUUGAAUCUGCGCCUUCCAAGGCUGCUGAGGCCACGGAAGCCAAAGUCGAACACGCGGAUUCGGCUGACGCAGCAGUUUCAGAGCAAAGUUCUACUGAUGCAGAGGCAGAGUCAGUGGCAGGCGCACAGGACCCCAGCAGCGAUGGGGGCAAAGUUCAAUUCACUGAUACUGAUGGAGAUGUAAUCCUGCUCCAGGUUGAGGAUGACCACGUUGCGGAAUACGUAAACGGGGAGCUCGAGCUGGAGCAUGUGGAACGCUUCGAGAUCGACAUGGAGAAGCGAACAUACCGGGAUGAUUCCGGUGAAGGCCGCUUCGAAGAUGCGGAAGACAUCCAAGAAAUCGACGGUCAAGUGGCGAAGCUUUUCGCUAGUGCCUCACGAGCUACGCUACUGAAGCCCAAGCGUGUAAAGAACUACACAAAGCCGAACAUCCUGUUGCUGGGUCCGACCGGCAGUGGGAAAACAUAUUUGCUGAGGAACUUGGCUGAUCUGAUUGGGGUGCCUUUCGUGAAAGCGGACGCCACCAAAUUCACUGAGACUGGCUACGUCGGACGUGACGCUGACGAGGUGAUGGGCGAACUGCUUCAAGCUGCAGACGGAGAUGUUGAGCUUGCCCAGGUGGGCAUUGUCUAUGUGGACGAGAUCGACAAGGUCUGCUCCGAUGGAGCUGGGCGCAACUCCUCCUUCAGGCGAGCCACGCAGAGCACCUUUCUAAAGCUCAUGGAGGACACCGAGGUGACGGUGGGCACUCAGGGGCCGCGGCUGGUUCUGGGCGGGCUGGGUGGAGACAAGGGCACGAAGAUGUCAACAAGGCAUGUGCUCUUUGUUUUCUCCGGUGCCUUCAGCCAGCUUGAUGAGAAACUGAAGGAGGACCACAUCCGCGACAUGAAAGGCUUCGGCUUUACUUCUGGAGCUGCAGAGAAAGCUGAAGAUGUCCAGUCCAUGCUGCACAAGGCCGACACGGAAGAGUUGGUCAAAGCUGGCAUGGAGAGGGAGUUCGUGGGUCGAUUGCCAGUCAGAGUUGCUCUGCAAGCCCUCUCAGACGAAGAUCUCUUCCAGGUACUGACGACAGCCGAAGAUGGUGCAACGUCUCAGCUCACGGACGAUUUCCGGCGCUAUGGAAUCGAGCUCCGCUUCACGGAUGCAGCCUUGCGCGCCGUCGCACAGAAGGCCGCCAAAGAGGGAACCGGUGCACGGGCCCUUGUCACCAUCCUUGAGAACACAUUGAGACGGUACAAGUUCUGUCUACCCGCUUUAGUUCCCCGUGGAUGCGAAGUUCUGGAGGUUGAUCCUGACUUGAUUGAACAUCCGGAGCGAAGACUUGAUGAGUUGCUGAGCCAAUAUGCCCUCAAAGAAGCAUAA